AUGGUUGAAUUAUCUGGUGGCUAUUUAACUAAGGAUAUGCCUCGCUAUUUAAAAGAUCAUGUAAAGGGAUAUUGGGGAUGCCGUGAUCUCCUUAAUGAUAUAAUUAUAAAUUUUAAAAAUGGUGACUAUAAGAUUCUGAGACAUUUACGUGUUUGGUUUUUCCAUAUACACGGUCUUGAGGUACAGAUUUGGGGUAUGGAUUUACCUGUUUCCAAAAUUUAUCGAAUGUUUCUGAUUGGCACCUUCUGGUUUCCAAUCAGUUGGGAGAAUCAUCAUGAACUGGUACAUGCGUUAAGGGUUUUGCAAAAUCUUAGAAGAGGCUUAGAUGAUACUCUCAAAGUAUUUGAGGAAUUCAAAAGGUCACAUUGUCGAAAUACCCUUUUACACUUUCAAUUUCCAGUACUAAAAAGUUACAUAGGUGAUGCCAAGAGUUCACCACAAAAACCUACAGGAAAAAAAUCACGCAUCAUAAAUCCAGAUUGUGUUAUAAAAAUUUCUAAAUUUCUGGAAGAAAAAAGUAUAAUCCAUGAAAUAGUACAUAAAUGCUUUCCUUUCUUAUCUUACACUAAUUUGAAUGCAUGGCAUCGAGAUGUAUUUAAAUAUACUGAUUCAGAAGUUAAGUGCCCUGUAUGCAAAGAGGUACACACAUGUUUAGGUAUAUGGGGCGACUGGAGUUGUCUAGGUAAAAAUGAUCACUAUUUCUUAAUUGUUCCUUUAUCAAUCAAAAGAAACACUAAUCCAAAUAAAACCCGCCUUUAUCAAUAUGCCAUUGAACAUAAAAUGGAUCCUGAAAAAUUUUCGAUCAUUACUGAGGCUGAGAAAAAUAGAUGGGAUGGAGGAUAUUUUCGUGAGAACUUGGAGAGGGAUAUACAGUUCUAUCGUGGUGGAAUAGAAAGGAAGAAAGAUACUAAAAAAUACCAUAAAUUUUUAACAGAUCGGGAUAGGCUAGUCGGUGAAGAAUUAUUAUGUCAUGAUUUGAUGAUCUUAUAG